AUGGGCCAACAGGUCAAGUGGCCCCCAAAGAUGAAAGCACCUGACGCAUUCCGGAACCCGAGACUCUGGUGCGACGUCCAUCGCGAUAUCGGCCACAAAACUGAAGACUGCGUCGCCCUGAAGAUUGAGGUCAACGAACUGCUCCAAAAGGGGCAUCUCCGAGAAUUCCUUUCAGAGAAAGCCAAGGCUCAUCCUAACAAAGAAGCAUCAGGGAAACCCAAAGAAGACGCACCAAGUUCACCACCUCGCCAAGACCGGGUGAUUCAUGUCAUCUCAGGAGGCUUUGAAGUAAGUGGCGUGAGUCAUGCAGCUGCGAAGAAGAGAACCCGUAAUGCUAAACACGGCCUACUUCUAGGUACCGACGAGAUAAGCUUCACAGCGAAGGAGCAAGAGAAGAUAUUAGCUCCCCACCAUGACGCUCUAGUUGUCUCUCUCACCAUAGCAAACUGUUUGGUGAAAAGAAUACUAGUAGACAACGGGUCCUCCAACAAUAUCAUCUUCCUGACGGCGUACCAAGACCUAGGGUUAGAGGAGAAUACCCUGACGCGCAAAGUAACCCCACUCAUCGGGUUCAGCGGCGAAGUCAAGCAAACCACUGGGGAGGUUGUUUUGCCAAUAUAUGCUGAAGGGAUCAACCUAUCUACCAAAUUCCUGGUCGUGGACUGCCAAUCGGCAUACAACAUGAUCUUAGGACGACCCUGGAUUAACGACAUGGGAGCAGUCCCCUCAACCCUCCAUCAAAUAGUGAAGUUCCCUACACCCUGGGGCAUCAGAGCAAUCCAAUGA